AUGGUGAGCAAUGAAAAUGUUACGGAGUACAUGUUUCCUGAAAUGGAUUGGUGUUUUGAUAUUGAAGUAUACUAUUCAAGUUCGGCCGGUCAUCUGGCCGUACCAAUGGCUAAGAGUUUCAAAGAAUACAAAAACUUCAGCUAUCGUUAUAACGGAGUAAUAACUAUGACAUUGGUGACAUUAGGCUUAACCGGCAGUAUUUUACUCCUCAUACAAAUUUAUGGUUCUCGUGUAUUUUCUAAACGCUUAGCUGUCCAUUUGGGAAUGAUAUGCAUAUGGGAUUCAUUAUAUUUAUUAUCUUGCUUAGCUACUUAUGGAAUUCCAUCAUUCAUAUAUGGAAUGCCACCUACAUAUGGCACAAUGGCUUAUAUACUUUUCAUUCUACAGCCAUUUGCAUCAUUUUGUGUGUCAUGCACAAUCUGGCAGGUUCUGGCAAUAGCCGUAGAAAGAUACUGGGCUGUCACAAAGCCAUUAGAACAACGAACUCGUAAAGCCAAAUUUGGUGUUUUCUGGAUUUGUGCUUGUAUUAUAAUUGGAGCUUCUGUCCUGAAUCUUCUACCAAUACCAUUUGAACGAUUUCUAGUUCCUUGUUUUGAGAUAAAACCCACAAAACAGUCACGUUACCGUCUUUCAACGCUUCUUAAGCCAUACAAUAGUACUUCGUCUAGACAAUACAAAUUCGUCGUUCACUUCCUGCCUGACAUCAUCUUCAGAGCACCUCUGCCAAUCAUUAUUUUGACUGUUCUAACUAUUAAAACUAUAAUUGUUUGUAAUCAACGAACUGUUGGAAAUUUGCAUAUCAAUGCCCAUAUGAAACGAAACAUUCCACUUCGUUUAUCAUUAUUAAAUUUCAAAUUCAUAUUAUGUAAUAUGCUUUAUAUGUUUAAUACAUUACUGCUUGAACUACUGGGUUACGGAGAAACUGUUGAAGAUCCAGCUGAUGGUGAUAUUGAUCGAUUUAUGAAUACUUACUAUUUAACGGAUGCUUCGAACCUUCUCCUUGUUAUUCAUAGUACCACAAAUUGGUUACUUUUCUAUCAUUGGCCAAGUUUUAAUAAGCAGAGACAGAGUUUGAAAAGUGUGACGAUUACGACUUCCAAAAAUUUAUUUGUUCGUCCACGCGUAGCUGAUUAUGUUAUAAAGAGUAUUUCAUCCAUACGAUCAUCUUUAGGAACAGAUAUUAUAAUUACGCUUUGUAAUGAAUACUCUCAGUUAUCAGAAGCUUUCAUUGGAUCUCAGGAGUUAAGUAUAGAACAUCCAAACAUCAAAAUUAUUGGUGAUCGCGUUGGUUUAUUCAUAGAACAAGUUCUUCGAUGGAUUUCGAAUAAAGGCCGAGGCGACAACAUUCGAGAAAUGGGACGACGAUUGGGAGAAGCUAAUUUUUAUUCAAAUGUACAUUUCACUGUGGAAGAAUGGAAAGAUGUUCGAACUACUGUUGUAUCCAUCAUUGUUAAAUACACACUCAGAGAUCAAGGAUUCAAAUCGAUGGGUUGUACUCCAUAUGAGAUUAAUGACAUGCUAACAAGAGCAUUUAACCUUGUAUUAAGUGAAAUGAGAAAUGGAACACUCUGCGCUGCAGUUGAAGCGAAUAUGAAGACAUAUCGAUCUCAAUCCCAAUGUGAAUGGACGUAUCCUCGCGAGAUUCCACGUAAAACGCGAUCUGUAUCGUUUGCUCCGAACAAGAAAUACAACCAAGAAGAAAGUCCUCCACUCAUCACAAGCACUGUCAUUUGA